UUUCAGCUCUCUUUCAGCUCUUUCUUGCAUCCAGAUUGCGUCUUGAGCAUCCUCGGGGUACCCAUACCCACAGCAUCUUUAAAGCAUCCCGGAAGUGACAGCAUCAUUUGGUCUUCAGGAAGAAGCGACGCAUCAUCGCCAGUGCAUUGACAACAACGCUGCUCAGGUCAGACCAAUGAAGUGACCAGAAGGAUAUGAUGUCAUCCUUCCAGGUGGUGGACUCAUCGCCUGGCAGCAGCUUGAGCAUCAUGGAGAUGUCCAACUUUGCCCAUGUCAUCUUUCAGAACGUGGGGAAGAGUUUCCUACCGCAAGCACCUCUGGAAUGUUGCUACACACUGACCCCGUACAUUACGCCUCACCCUAAAGACUGGGUGGGCAUUUUCAAGGUCGGCUGGAGCACGGCCAGGGAUUACUACACCUUCCUUUGGUCUUCGAUGCCCGAGAGCUAUGAGCCAGGCAGCACAGUGCAGAGGAGUGUGGUGUUCCAAGGCUAUUACGUUCCCAAGUCUGACGGGGAGUUCUACCAGUUCUGUUACGUCACCCACACGGGUGACAUCAGAGGUGCCAGCACGCCCUUCCUGUUCAAACCGUCCACACCCACUGAUGAGCUCCUCACCGUCGCCGAGGACGACAGCAACUCCGACAUAUUGGUGGUCACCACAAAGACUGGCCUGUUAGAGCGCGUGGAGGAGGUGCAGCAGGAGCGCCGGGAGCUGCAGAAGGCCAUGCGCCUCCUGCAGCAGGAGAAGCAGCAGCUGCAGGAGGAGCAGAAGCGCCUGGCCAGGGAGAGGGAGCAGGAGAGGGAGACCUGCAGCCUGCUGAGGAGCCACAAUCAGGAGUUGCUGCGGUCGUCGCAGGGCCUGUCGGAGGAGCGCGAGGAGGUGCGGAGGAGGCUGUGUGAGGCCUGCGAGCGGGUCCGGCACCUGGAGGAGGAGCUGCGGGGAGUGUCCCAGAGGAGCCUGCAGAAGGAGACGGAGUUGGACUGCCUCCGCGAUAGGCUGAAGAAGCAUGGGUCCGAGCGAGACCGCCUGGAGAGCCAGCUGAAAAACGAACGGGACGAGAGGGACCGCUACAAGGCCCAUCUGCGCAGCACGGAGCUGGAGAACACCAAGCUGAGUGCCGAGCUGCAGAUGCUGAAGGCGGUGGAGCUGAACCGGGAGGUGACCAUCGCCCAGUUCCAGGAGGAGCUGGAGCGCAUGCGGGCGUGCCUGGCCCAGCGGGACGGCCUGGAGAAGGAGCUGCACAACCACCAGGCCCACAAGGCGGAGCUGGCCCGCGUGCGGGAGCAGCUCCGUCAGGCCGAGGACCAGCUCCAGGCGUCCCGGCAGCAGGCGUCCCUCCUGGCCGCCGAGCUGCGGGACUCCACGGGGGCCCGGGACCGCGGCAUGGCCGAGCUGUACCGCGCCCGGCUGGAGGCCGAGAAGCUGCGGGCCAGCCUGGCCAACGCCCAGGCCGAGUGCCGCCGCAUGGAGAGCCAGCUGGACCGCCUGAGGAGCGCCGCGCUGAAGGAGGCGAGUGUUGUGGCCUGCCUGGAGGGCGGGGCCAGUGGGGAAGGCGGGGCCAGCGGCAGCAGCCUGGCUGUGGUUUCGGAGGCGGAGGCGGAGCUCCAGAGGGAGGUGGAGGAGCUGAAGCUCCGCCUCCACAUGGCAGCCGAGCACUACAAGGAGAAGUACCGGGAGUGCCAGCGCCUCCGCCGGCAGGUGGCCAAGCUCAGCGAAUCACAGGGGGAGCCCAAGAGGAACGCAGCUACAGAGACGACACAGGGACCCCUGGCCUAUAGUCCAGAGUCCCCAACAACAGACAGCAUCGCAGACGCGGUCCUGCGCGGCAGCGCCGAGAUGACCAUCGCCCUGGAGGCGGCCUACCUGGAGGCGCCCGUCCCCCCCGGCCCCCCCGCCACGCCCACCCCGGCCGCCGCCGCGUCGGAGGAGAGACAGGGGCAAGGCGAGGCCCAGGCAGCCGAGGAGCGAGGAGGAGGAGGAGGAGCGCGGCCAGGGGGAGACGACGACGACGAAGGAGGGUCGGGGGAGCAGGAGAAGGCGGGAGAGGCGGGAGCGAGGGAGCGCCUCCCGGAGGAGAGCCUGCGCAUGACGAGCUGGGUGGAGGUGGAGAAGGAGAGGAGGAGCGCCGAGGAGAACGAGGAGGAGGAGGAGCAGGAGGAGGAGGAGGACGACGACGACGACGAGGAGGAUGAAGAGGAGGAGGAGGAGGAGGAGCAUCAGGAGGAGGAGAGGAGUGUGGGUGAGCUGGAUGGGGAGGUGGAGGCGGAGCUGGAGCAGACACGCUCGGUGGAGGAGGAGCUGGCCGCCAUGGAGGAGAAGUGGAAGGAGCAGUGCGCCAUCAACGAGACGCUCAAACAGCGGCUGGCCAAUGAGGAGGAGCGAUUCAAAGUGCAGAUGUCGGAGCGUGCCAACGAGGUGACGGAGCUGAAGCGCAGGCUGGCCCAGGCCCUGCGUGAGAAGGAGCAGAUGCAGGAGGAACUGCAGCGCUGCGUGUCCAGGCGAAGGGAGCCGGUAACUGGGGAACAGGUGUCCGAGGUCCGGCAGCCCGUGGUGCUCCGCUACCCCCUGCCCUACCCACAGGACCCCUCCCCGCCCCCACUGGUGCCACACAGGCCCGCCGAGCUGCAGUUCGGCAACCCCUACUCCACGGGCACCGACACGCGAGCAGCGGACAGGGCGGACGGCGCGCCGUCCCCCGAGCAGACGUCCCGCCCGCCCCCUGAAGCGCCGCUCUGCGCCGGACCCCCGGCCCACGCCAGCGCUCCCGAGACCCCCGCUAGAACCGAGGCGGCGGCGGGGGAGGAGGAGGGGGAGGACGGGACGGGGGGGACGGGGGCCGGGGCCGGCUGGGAGGCGGAGGUGGUCUGCAUCCAGCCCGCCCGCAGCGUGAGCCCCCCCGACGGCCUGGAGCCCCCGCCGGAGGAGCCCCGCAAUGUGGCUGAUGCGGCUCAGCCGGCCUGUGAUCAUCAGUCCAGCAGACGCAAUGAGGCCAGGGGCAGCUUCUGCUUUGACUCAAGCAGCGAGGUGCACAAGCGCUGCCCACUGUGCGAGGUCAUCUUCCCGCCGCACUUUGAGCAGCGCACGUUCGAGCAGCACGUGGAGAGCCACUGGAAGGUGUGCCCCGUCUGCUCGGAGCAGUUCCCCCUCAACUGCCAGCAGCAGCUCUUCGAGAGGCACGUCCUCACGCACUUUGACGGCCACGUGCUCAAUUUUGACCAGAUCGACUGAAUACCUGGUGGGGGGGGGGGGCAAGGUGUGUAUGUGUGUGCGUGUGGGAACGGUCUUUCAUGGGGCUUGAAAAGAGUGGUUGAUUGUUGUUGAUCCAAACGGUGGCAGGGAUGAACCUGUGUCCAUGGAGACAGGUUUUAAUGGCUCGCGUUUAGGGCUGCUCGAUUAUGGAAAAUAUCAUAAUCCCAAUUAUUUUGGUCAAUAAUGAAAUCACGAUUAUUAAAUUAUUAGAUUAUUUUUGAGUUUGAAAACAUGAUGCAUUUCUUCAGCAUUUCUCCCUUUACUCGCUGUUCUAUUUAUAUAAAACAUUUAAUAAAUAAAACAAAUAUACUUUAGAUAAAAUAUGUAAAAUAAUAAUACAAUUGUUUCAACUCGAUUGUAAUGUUGAAAAUCGUUUGACCCAAAAAUCUAAACGCAAUCAGUAUUUGAUUAAUUGCACAGCCCUACUCGCGUGUCAAUCUGAACCAAUGUCGACUGCCACUUUUAGAAAUGGAAAAAAUAGAGGGUGUUUUGCCCCUUUUUCUCUCAUAACGGCUUUUCUCAUCCAUCUUAGGUUUGCUUUGAGUAGAAACCAUGAGGGAUAGAGGAAGUAUUUGGUUUAAAGGGAUUUCAAUUAGCGCUCAUUUGGCUUCAGUCUCACGUUGACAAUCAUUUCCCCACUUUAAGAGAUUAUGGCAUUAACGUAUUCUGUAAAAUAUAUAUAUAUGUACUCUAUUAAAUGCCCUAUAACUGCAACACAUCCAAACUUUUAUUCUGAGAAGAGGGAUAAGAGGAAGAAGAACGACGACACGAGCUUGAGAAUCUGAGCUCUUAAAAAAAAUAUGCACUGUAAAUUAUUUAUUUGUUAUUCAUAGUUGUAUUUAUUUCCAGGACCUCACAAUUUCUUUUGAGGUCGGCCAUUCGUAGGCUUCGGUCUGAGCAACAACUCUGCACCAGUAGUAUAGCGGGGGACAUUGAGGAGCUGAUGGGGAAUGGGUCGUAAAAAGGGCCUCAAAGCAUUUGAACACGAUUGGAUCAAAUCCCAACCUCGAAAGAAAUGCUUAUCACCUAUACCGGAUAAAACCGUAGUUAGGGAUAUUCCAUUCGUCAAACAUAAACACAAAUCAAUUGGAUUUGUGUUGGUUUGAACCCCCCCCCCCUCCCCACAUUUGAAAAAUGUAGUCUCAAAUUGUGAACAUUUCCAAAAAAUUUAAAGGAAAUAUUUCAUGAUAAUACGUCAAUUAUGAAGUUGCAAGCCAAUCAACAGUGACCCUCAUCUAACUCUUGAUAUAGAGUAGGGAAUAAGUAAUAGAUCGGUAUGCAAAAAAGCCAAUCCUCAAAGUUUUGGGGGAUUUGUGAUCCGUAACAGCAAAAACGCGAUGGUGGGAGGGAGACGCAUCACUAAUUUUCAAUGUAUGCACAAUCAUUUCAUGAAUGGGACGGUUUGGCCGGGGGGUCAGAGGUCAUGACCGUUGGAUAUUAUUGACUAUUGAAAGGAAGUGAUGUGAUUUCCUCCCAGCCACUGCGGUACUCUGUGUCCCUUGAGAAAGGUGGGAACAGCACUACAUGUAUCUGCACUAAGAAUCGGCUUUAUUCUGAAUGUAUUGUGAGUGUGUGUGUGUGUGUGUGUAUAUAUAUAUACACACACACACACACACACAUACAAAAGAUAUAGUUGAUGGGGAGUUUCAUCCAAGCUGCUGUCGUGACCUCAUCUAGAUGAGUUUUAUUUAAUAAUGACAGAAAGCAUUUUAAGAUACUUAGUUUUUUUUUAAUGAAGAACUGUGAUGGAAAAGAAUAAGAAUACAAAAAAAAGAAGAUGCAUUUCUUAUAUUUUGUGUGCAGGGUCAUGAGCUUAUUUACGAGUAUUUAUGGUUUUGGGCCCCCCUGCUCAAAGGGUAUUUCCUUGUCCAAUUGCUUGUCUAGUAUUUCCUGUCCGAUUUGAAGUAAACCUCCCAACAUUGUUGCAUUCAGACUUAAAAAAAAAAGAGGAAAAGAUUUGCACAUGCUGCGUGAUCACAACCCAAAUGUACGUCUCCGAUCCAGCCCUUUCCCCGUGUGAAAGUCAGGCUGUCAUCUUAAAUGUGCAUCGCAAUGUUCUUUACGAAUAAAAGACGCUUAUCUAAA